GAACAUAACACAAACAGUUAAAUAAUUUAAUCAAUUUUGUAGGUUGGAUAGGGUACCCUCUUGGAAAUUUCAUUCUGUUUCUUAGAAGUGCACAAUUAGAGCAGGCCUACUUAAGCCUGUUUUCCUGAUAGGGAGCCAUCCUUGGAAUUAAUUUCAAUCACAACCAUUUCCAGAAAUAGUUUGUCUAAAACAAUUCACUAUAUAUGCGUUUUAAUAUUAUCAGUUCCUAUAUUCUCACUUUCUUGUUUUAAGACUAGUGAUAAGGUGUGCACUCUGAACAAAAAGUAUUUUAUAUACCGCACCACUCCAUUCAUCGUCAUCAUCACGUCAUUCACGGAAACAUUCAAUUGGCAAUUUCGCGAAUUUGUUUUCACACCGCCAAAAAAAUGUACUCCAUGCUAAACACCCGCGUAAGUAAACACGCAUUGCCCAACGCUUGAGCGUAAAAAGAGCGCAUAAAUUUGGAAUAGAUGCGGGCCACUUUCCCUUCGGCGAUCGACGAAAUUCAUUCAGAGAAUCAGUCAGUCCCUGUUCGCCAUUUGACAAUGACGCCCACCGAACGAAAAUUGGCACUUGUCACCGUCGCCCUUGUGGGAUUUCUGCUGGCGAGUGCAACCGCGGGGGAGGUCAAAGUGGAAAAAUCCAAGACGCAAACUGGGGAGCAGAGAGGCUUGCUGCCCACCCUGGGUCUGCUAGCCCUGUUCAAGCUGUCCCGGCCGCUGCUCUUUUCAGGUGGAUUCCACAGCUACGGCACCUUCGGCUCGGCCGGUGCAUACUAUCACCCGCACCCCCAGCCCUUUGGCUACCCCUACGGAGGCAUCGGGGCCAUCGGUGCGGCCACGGGCGUGGCCGGAUAUCCGCCAGGAUAUCCUCACUACCCCGUGGGUUACGCUGGCCCGUACGGCACUACCAACAUAAGGGGCGUCCAUCCAACUAACGCUAUCCCAAACAAUGCAGUGAUUGAUGACUUGCGAAAGGAUCAAGACAACGAAGCGACCGCUAAGCCAGGGUAUUUCCAGUACCUGCAGGAGGCAGCGUCACCUUUACUGCAUGCGGGUCAAAAGGUCCAGUCAAGGAGUUUUCAAUAAAAUGGAUCGUGUUUUCCAUAUUAAUUAUUAAUUUAUUUAGAUCACGAAAUUUCCAUCAAAAUUUUUGCGAAUAAACACGUGUAAAUUUGUCA